AUGUGUCGGGACAACAAUAGUAAGAAAUUAUAUAGGUUGCAGUGUAUGGACCCGGACCCCAGUUCAUGUUCUUUACGCGAAGGGCAUCAGGAGCAACAGCUCAACAAUACAGAUUACGGCCAGGAUAAGUUGGCCGCGAUAGGCAACGAGUGUCAUCAUAGCAGUCUUUUCGAGGACCCCGAGACCAUAUCGCGACAUCCUAGAGGUCAACGAACCAAACGUAAGCAUGGAAAAGCAAAAAAUUGA